CAAGUGUCAAUGGCAUGGCCUUAUACUAACAUUUCAAAUCCAUCCAUUCAUCCCCCUCUAUUCCCCUUGUCUCCCUCCUUUGCCACUGGCUCUCUCUGCCUUUGUUCUCUUUGCCAACUUUUCUCUUGAAUUAUACUGAACCAAAUAAAGUCUCUGCUGUAAAUGGCGGUGGCAGAGUUAUCGACUUCCUGUACCAAAACUCACUCUUCACAGCUCUCACUCUCAUCUUCAUCUUCUUCUCGUUUCUCUCAUCAUUUCCGUCGUUCCUUUCGACCCCUACCCACAACCAGGAAUCCUACCAUCUCAUGCUCUGUUGCAUCAGAUCAAGUUCAAACCCCAAUACCUGUACAAGCUCAGGAUCUCAAGGGGAAGAGUGAAUGCUAUGGUGUCUUCUGCCUCACUUAUGAUCUCCAAGCUGAAGAGGAGACAAAAUCAUGGAAGAAACUAAUUAAUAUAGCUGUUUCUGGUGCUGCUGGGAUGAUAUCUAACCAUCUUCUUUUCAAAAUUGCAUCUGGUGAAGUCUUUGGACCAAAUCAGCCUGUCGCUCUGAAACUAUUGGGAUCGGAAAGGUCAAUACAGGCUCUCGAAGGAGUGGCCAUGGAACUUGAAGAUUCCUUGUUUCCUUUAUUAAGAGAGGUUAGUAUUGGAAUAAAUCCAUAUGAAGUGUUCCAAGAUGCUGAAUGGGCUCUUCUGAUUGGGGCAAAGCCACGAGGGCCUGGAAUGGAACGAGCUGAUUUGUUGGACAUCAAUGGGCAGAUAUUUGCUGAGCAGGGAAAAGCUCUCAAUGCUUCUGCAUCUCCUAAUGUCAAGGUGAUAGUAGUGGGCAAUCCCUGCAAUACCAAUGCCUUAAUUUGUAUGAAAAAUGCUCCAAAGAUACCUGCAAAGAAUUUCCAUGCACUGACUAGGUUGGAUGAAAAUAGAGCGAAAUGCCAGCUUGCCCUAAAAGCAGGUGUCUUCUACGAUCAAGUGUCAAACAUGACCAUCUGGGGAAAUCACUCAACAACUCAGGUUCCAGACUUCCUAAAUGCUAGAAUCAAGGGCUUACCUGUCAAAGAGGUCAUCAAGGAUCACAAAUGGUUAGAAGAGGAGUUUACUGAAAAGGUCCAAAAGAGAGGCGGUGUUUUAAUUAAGAAAUGGGGAAGAUCUUCAGCCGCAUCUACUGCUGUGUCAAUCGUUGAUGCCAUCAGAUCUCUAAUAACUCCGACACCCGAGGGUGAUUGGUUUUCUUCUGGAGUUUAUACCAAUGGCAAUCCAUAUGGUAUAGCGGAGGAUAUCGUCUUCAGCAUGCCAUGCCGAUCAAAAGGAGAUGGUGAUUAUGAACUUGUCAAGGACGUGAUCUUCGAUGACUAUCUGCUCAAGCGAAUUAAAAAGUCGGAAGCGGAAUUGCUGGCGGAGAAGAGAUGUGUGGCUCACCUUACAGGGGAGGGUAUUGGUUUCUGUGAUCUACCUGAGGAUACAAUGCUUCCUGGAGAAAUGUAAAAUGAGGUUCAGUUUUUUCUUCCAAUUAUUUGUGCCUCAAAAUCAGCCUUUGGGCAAAAGAAGAAGAAAAAUGAAAAUGACCAUAUAUGUAUACUAAAUUGUUUGAGUCUAUGAGUAGGGAUUGCAGGUGGUAAAUUAAGAUAAUAACAAAUAACAUCCAAUGUUUUCCCAUUUGGUUGAGAUUUUGGACUGAAAAUUAAGUAAAUGAAAGUACUAUUCUGUA